UCCAGUUUGUAUAACAUUCUGGAAGCACCUCCCACUCUGUUAUGCAAGUUUAAUACUAUAUAAAUACUACACAUACACUGGCAUUUACGUAAUUUACCGAAGAAAGGAGUUGUGCCUCUCCCAGUCGUUACAUAUCUCAGCCUGGUAAUCUAACAACCUACAAUGGCAAAGCAUGACCCUUGGCGUAUUAUUGUAAUGAUCCUUGCUUUGGUGGCCUUCAUUAUUAUGUUGGGUUUCAAUGCAGUGGCAGGGGCGGGUCGUUCUGGUGGUCCUUUUUUGCAAAAUACAGGGAAUGUUUCUGCCAAGUAUGAAACUGAUAUUACACCUUCAGGUUGGACUUUCUCCAUUUGGGGAGUCAUCUAUACCUGGCAAACACUUUGGUUUGUCUAUGUUUUUUCUGGCUUUUGCAGAAGGAAUACAGAUGGCUGGAUGUACUGCGAACCUGCCAUCUUACCCUAUGGGUUCUAUAUCACCUGGAUUAUAAACAACAUCUUUAAUAUCAUCUGGCUAUUCCUGUGGGACAGAGAGUAUAUGGUAGCAGGGGUUAUUAUCCUGGCACUGAUUACUUUUACCAAUUACAUUGUUCUGUUCUUCUCUUACCAUGGCCUAAAUACUUAUUUUUCCUGGCUAAAUAAGUACUACAAAGUGGAUCUUUGGCUUAUCCGAAUACUGGUACAAAAUGGAGUGGCUGUCUAUACAACCUGGACAACGAUAGCAACGCUUCUUAAUUUUGCUGUUGUUUUAACAUACAAUGGAGGGGUGUCUAGAGAGACAGCUGGAACUGUAGUCCUGUCAAUUCUCUUGGUCGAGGUCAUUCUAUGGUUUGUUGCAGAAAACUUCUUCUUGGAUAAGUAUGUGAGAUACACCCUGACAGUCUACCCUGUUGUCAUAGUGGCUUUAUGUGGAAAUAUGACUAAGAACUUCAAUGCUGAAUCACCUAGCCGAAAUGGAAUUUUUAUUGCUGUGCUGCUGGCAAUUUCCUGUUUAAUUUUCGCAGUACGAGUUCUGUUGGUGGUGUGGAGGCAUUUGAAACAUGACGUACACCAGGUCUCAGACUCAAUACCAAUGUCACCCAAGGAAAUCUCUGAAAAGAAGAAGCGGAUAUUUGUUUAAAACUGAUGUGUAUUGGUUUGUCCUGCUCUGGUAAUACUUGCUUUCGUGUACUCUGAAUACUAACAAAGGCACAAUCCAGUCAUGUGUGCCAUGAUAGAUACUUGUUUUCAGCAGGGUAUCUUAUUCAAGUCAGUAUGUGUAGGGCUGUACUGGACACUGCAGAUCAAGUAUGGGCAAUUACGUGAGAGUUUUGUGCCUUUAGGCCCUGAAAGAUUAAUUUAAAUUGAUACAGAACAUAUUAUUUUAUUCAAUUGAUCUGAACGUGGUGGGUGUAAACAUGACCCUUCCCAGCAUUGUAGGUAUUUUUACAGGCAGAAAUACACUAAAGAGUCUCACAUUUUCUUAACUUAGAAGUGGUAUUGCUUAAAUAUUUAGUCUGAUUUAACCCUGUAUCAUAUUGAAUUAGACAGUGGACUUUUGUACAUUUAAUCUGAAAUCCAUUGUUCAGCAUCAUUUGUAUGCCAAACUGUGUGUAAUGAUAUCAAAUACACUCUGUCCUCUGACCAGAAGAGCUGAGACACCAACAGUGCUUUGCAAGUAAUUUCAAGAUACCUAGAUAAGUUUUAGUUUCACGUGGUGUAUUGGGAAACGCUUGUCAAAAUCGAUCAAAAGCCGCUGCAGUAAACCAUAAAAAUCAUCUUCAAACUCAAGUACUACUGGUAUCAGGAAACAAACCCGCUCAGUAUUGUGUGGCCUUGAACUGAAGUCGAUGAAGCAGUUCACGUUUUCCAGUAGUGUUAUUUACAAACAAAUGCAAACAAAAAAUCCCACAGAGAACUAAACAAACUUUCUUUGAGUAAUUCCAUAACUAUAACAGGACAGUUGAGCUGUUUCACUCUAAAGAUGUUUAAUUCACCAACCAAACCCGCCCCCCCCCCCCCCCCCCCAUUAUUUUGUUUGUUUGUUUUUUUUUCACACCACCAUCUGCACACCUUUUCUCCACUACACCCUUCACAAAGUUUCUUCAAAAUUGAGUUUUUAACUAUUAAGCAAUUACCUCUUUAAUUGCUUCCAUUCACUAAUAAUAAUUUCCUUGUUACACACGUGUUGAGUUUAGAGUGCUAGAUUUUGGCCGACCACUGACCUCUAGUGGCCAUUCGCUGGGAUUGCUGGCUGUUAUAGUAACACUAUUUCACUGUGUGGGGAAUGCUCUUCUCAACCUGAGACUAACAUAUAUUCCUUAUAUAACUCUUAACUUGUCACGUUAUAUAAUAUGUGCAAUGUUUUUGUAGAUUCUUUUUGUAUUAGAUUAUUAAACUCACAAUGAUACAAUAAAAUGUUAAGUUGUU